GUCCAUCUCGAGGUAGUUGCAGGCGGACCACAGGUGCUGCAGGCCCGUCUUGGCCGCCUCGUCGCCCUACUGGUCCGCCUCGUCGUCCCACUGGUCCCAUUUGUCGUCCGACUGGUCCGCUGCCGGCAGCAGGGUGGCUUCGGGGAUGUUGCGGAUGUACUCCUCGACCGUGCGGGUAUCGGCGCUGCCGUGCAGCGUGGCGAAUGUGCUGAUGUGCCGGAAUGUGUUGGGGUGAAUGUUGGGCAGGGAGAUCGUGUGGGUCUCCCGCUCAGUGCAGGCCAUUUCGCCCUCCAACAUGCGCUCGAAGUGCGGCGACACAGUGACGAGCAGCGACUUCUUCUCGUAGAAGACCUCCUUCUUGAGGCCGACAAUGAGCUUCACCAAGCCGUCCUCCUCAUGCGCCAUCCUGAGGCUGAGCUACUCCGUCAGACGAUACAGACCUGCAGGCAGCCACCAACCACAGCAGCAACGACAUCCAUCCAUCCAUCAAACGUCACGCAUUCGUUGCCCACCCUUGGCGAGAUGUUGCCGUCGUGGUUCGAUAUCAGCAGCAGUACUGUGGCCUCUGUCUUUCAGCUAUAUAGGCUCCUCUUCCAGCCGAGAGGCGGCACGGGAGCGAUGGGCAGGCCGCAAUGUCGUCAAAACAGAGGGCGGGCGGCUGAUUCACUCAUCAGAAGCCGCGAAAACACCUUCCUGCCCAUCCUACGCUUCCCGUCUUCUCCUCUUGCUCAAGAGUUGCGG